CACCACAGUCUUUUUUUCACGCAGUCCUCAAAUGGGUUCUCUUCUCUCCACAGAAAUCCGAGCUCAGCUGGUAGAACAACAGAAAUGCCUGGAACAGCAGACGGAGAUGCGCGUUCAGCUGCUGCAGGACCUGCAAGAUUUCUUCCGAAAGAAGGCCGAAAUUGAGACAGAAUAUUCUCGGAACCUAGAGAAGUUGGCAGAGAGGUUCAUGGCCAAAACCAGAAGCACUAAAGAUCACCAACAGUACAAGAGAGACCAGAACCUGCUGUCCCCGGUGAACUGUUGGUACCUGCUCCUCAACCAGGUGAGGAGGGAGAGCAAGGACCACGCCACCCUGAGUGACAUCUACCUGAACAACGUGAUCAUGCGCUUUAUGCAGAUCAGCGAGGACUCCACCCGGAUGUUUAAAAAGAGUAAGUUCCUGGGGAAAAGACUUUUGUCUGAUGUUUUGAAGAAUAUUAAUGAACUCUACUCAGUGAUGAAAACGUAUCACAUGUACCACGCCGAGAGCAUCAGCGCCGAGAGCAAGCUGAAGGAGGCCGAGAAGCAGGAGGAGAAGCAGAUCGGGAGGGCGGGGGACCCCGUCUUCCACAUCCGGCUGGAGGAGAGACACCAGAGGAGAAGCUCCGUCAAGAAAAUAGAAAAGAUGAAGGAGAAGAGACAAGCAAAAUAUUCGGAAAACAAGCUCAAAUCAAUCAAGGCACGGAAUGAGUAUCUCCUAACACUCGAAGCAACCAACGCCUCCGUUUUCAAGUAUUAUAUUCACGACCUUUCAGAUUUAAUUGAUAUCUGCAAGUUUUCUGCAAAGCCUAUGAAUCUGAGAGCCCGAGCCCUAUGGAACACCCUUACUUCGUUUUUCAUUUAG